AUGUCAACGAAGACAGUUUACGACGUGGAGAGCGGAAGCGCAAUGGUUUUACUGGAGGAGAAGCAGCGGAGGAGCUGGAUGGGCAGCUGGUUCUGCGCCAGUGUUGCGCUCCUCACGACCCUCCUGGCCGUGGUCUGUGUGUGCCAGCUGCUACGGACACAGAUUGUCGCCGACCCCGCUAAGACUUUGGGUUUUGAGGAAGAGCACCUUGAAGCACCUGUUUACCAUAAAAGAUCAGUAAAGCAGAAUGCUAUUGACUCUGGCAAACCAGCCACACACUUACAAGCCUCCGUUUCAGAUGCAUCAGAACUUCACUGGAGGGACAACGUGGACCAGGCAUUCCACGAAAAUGGGCUGACACUGCAGGGCAACAGUCUCCUUGUCCCCAAAACAGGACUGUAUUUUGUAUACUCUCAGGCAUCAUUUACCGGGGACUGCAAGGAUGGAGAGACGGAAUACUUGUUCCUGAGCAUUCAACGUAAAGCCAUUUCCUACUUAGAAAACCGGCCGCUCCUGAGUUCAAUGAAGACAGUGUGUGGUGAUGCAAAGGAUUCUAAAGAUGUGUGGUUCAAAUCAAUCUACCAAGGUGCAGUUUUCAGGCUAGAAAAAGGUGACCUUCUUGAAACCCAUAUUUCUGAUGUGAGCAAGCUAGAUACCGCAUCUGGGAAAACAUUUUUUGGGGCCUUUCACAUAUAAGAAGAGGUCUGUGUGAACUAGGUUUGCAGAUUCCGUUAGAAAAAUAUUGAUAUACAAUAUAUCAAUAUAUAU